AUGGAGACCACGGGGACGGAUGGGGACGACAUCAACACUGAUCCCAUCAUGCACAGCGUCAAUCUACCCUGGGUCGAGAAAUACCGCCCCUCGUCCCUGGACCAGCUUAUUUCACACACCGAAAUCAUCAACACCAUUCAGCGUUUCAUCAAUGAGGACAGAUUACCACACUUGCUGUUGUACGGUCCCCCGGGCACCGGCAAAACUUCCACAAUCAAGGCCUGUGCCAAGCAACUGUAUGGCAAGGGCUACAAACGCAUGGUGCUCGAAGUACGCCUUGUCACAUCUGGCUUCAAGCUGGUGAUUCUGGACGAGGCCGAUGCCAUGUCCAAUGAGGCCCAAGCUGCUCUGCGUCGAGUGAUUGAACAAUACACAAAGCACACACGUUUCUGCCUGAUCUGCAACUACGUCUCCAAAAUCAGUCCAGCCGUGCAGUCGCGCUGCACCCGCUUUCGUUUCGCACCCCUGUCAGAGGAUGAGCUGAAGAGUCAAGUCCAGCGCGUCAUCAAAGCCGAAAACCUGACAGUCACGCCCGAAGGCAUUGAUGCUCUGACCCGCCUCGCCGAUGGCGACAUGCGCAAAGCCCUCAAUAUCCUUCAGGUAAGUGUAUUCGGAGACCUUUUUGCCACCAGUACAGCCUUGGCGUUUGGCGACAUUGAUGCGCGUGCCGUGUACACGUGCACGGCCACACCACAGCCCGACGAUAUUCAGUCCAUCGUGUCGUGGAUGCUGGAAAAGCCCGUUGCCGAAGCAUACAAACUGAUAUCAGAGGUCAAGACAGAGCAAGGCCUUGCCCUGCAAGACAUCCUCAAAGAGGUUCACCGUUUCAUGCACAACAUUGAUUUCCCCACCGAUUGCAAGAUUUUGUUGCUCGAGCGCUUUGCUGAUAUCGAGCACCGCCUGGCCGAUGGCGCGACCGAGUCGCUGCAGUUGUCAGACAUGAUUGCCACCUUUCAACGCGUGCGCGAGCUUGCCGCUCACCAAGCUGAGCGGUAG